UUCCAAAAGCAUUGCACGCUUAAGUUGAUUGUAGAGACCAUUGGCGCAGAUGGUUUCUGCAAUCUAUUUAGGCUUAUGAUGCUUUUGGGAAACGCAGCCCUGAUCUGUGUAAAGUUAUAUGCAAUAUUAGAACUUCAUUGUCAUGACAAUGAAACCCUGUUAUCCCAGUUCUGGUUAUAACUCAAGAGACAGGUUAAGAAGUGAUUUUAUUCCACUAAAGUCAUGCUAUUAUGAACAUUUUACAUGUAUGCAUUUGGCUGACACUUUCAUCCAAAGCAACUUACAGUGCCCUGAUUACAGGGACAAUCCCCCUGGAGCAACCUGGAGUUAAGUGCCUUGCUCAAGGACACAAUGGUGGUGGUUGUGGGGAUUGAACCAACAACCUUCCACUUACCAGUUCAGUGCUUUAGUCCACUACACUACCACCACACCAUGUAUUAUGUUUUGUGACUAUACAUUUGAAACGAUAUGUAUGUUAGUGUUUAUGGACCAGCCUCAUUCACUAUUAUUGUAAUUUUGUGACCACAAUUUUUGUUUAUUUCUUUCUUUCUUUAUUUUUAAAUGAGGGUUGAGUUGUAAUACAAAUAUCAUUGAUUGAGCUUAACUUGUAUUGAACCUGGAACACUUCACACAAAAAGGAAAAUUUUAUCAUUAUUCUCUCCCCCUUUUGUUCUUAACCCAAAUGACUUUCGUUCUUAUUUUGAACACAAAAGGAAAUGUUAGGCCAAAUCACUGUUCUCUUUUACUGCAUCUUGGUUUUCCAUACAAUGAAAGUGAAUGGUGACUGAGACUUCCAACAUCUGCCUUACAUCUCCUUUUGUGUUACACAAGCCUACAUUUAAUAGUAAAUUGGGACAACAAAUGGGCAUUGCCAUGAAAGCUCUGUGUUUCAAAGUUGUCUUUUCAAUUCCAUAGUUGUUCAGUUUUGAUUUAAUUAGCUAAUUACACAAAAAACUCUCCAAGAACAGUGGUUCUGAUAGCAUUUUGUGCCAGCUCUUAGGGGAUGGUUGGUUACAGAUAACUAGCUUGUUUAAUGUGUGGCCUAUGUGCAAUAGUGUGGGCUGUGAUUGCAGUGCUACAUUCUGGAGACAGAGCUAAGCUCUGACAAAUGUUUUGACGGCCCGUGGGAGCUGGAGGAAGGGCUGUCUGUUUUCAGAGUGGAGAAUCCAACAUUGAAGAUAAGAUAACGCAUAUUAACUGACUGAUUGGCAAUAGCCCUUCAUUGGCAACACAUUUCCAUGCUUAAGGGAUCAUAUGUGAAAUCUAAGUAUUAAACUCUCCCACACUUCAAAUGAAGAUAAUUCCGAUUCAAGAGCAUGACAUGCUUUCUGUUACUAAUUAAGACCGCAUGUUAAUUUGAGUUUGCUUGCCAAAGAAAAAGCAGCAUUUGUUUGUGUGCGUGCAUGUGUACAUACGCUCUCCGGUACAAGCCACCCAAUCCUGUGCCAAGCGUGAGUCCACAGGAGGAGGGCUCAGCCGAGCCCCCUCUACUUUAAGACCCUCCCAGCAGCAGAGAGAUAUCAGUUACUCUCUUAUGGAGCAGAGAAUCAGUGAUACAUGGGACCAAAGCUGAGCAGACGCUGUGUGUCUUUUCCCAGGGAGACACUCAGUCACAGUUGUUUGUAGAUGCGUAAGGAGAUCUGUGCUCACUCUCGCAGGCAGGCUGUUGAUAUCGUGCUCUGAUAGGUUGGACUGAAGUGAAAGGGCUGAAGUGAAUUGAUGCUUUGACACUGGAAUCGUACACUGAGCAGAAUGACUCUACUGGGCUCUGAACAUUCCAUUCUGAUUCGCAGCAAGUUUAAAUCAGUCCUGCAGUUGAGACUCCAGCAGAGGAGGACACGAGAGCAACUCGCAGACCAGGGCAUCAUGCCUCCCUUGAAGAAUCCGGCUGCAUUCCAUGAACAGAGGAAAAGUCUUGAGCGAUCCAAGACUGGAGAUUACUUAAAACACAAAAUCAGAAGUAGGCCUGAGAAAUCUGAGCUUAUCAACAUCAAAAUUCUACAAGACACGGCCAGUGAAGGCCCCGUACAAGACUCACAGACAAAACUUAAGCGCGCCAGGCUUGCCGACAACCUUAAUGAGAAAAUCGCUCUCAGACCAGGCCCACUGGAGCUGGUGGAGAAGAAUAUCAUUCCUGCUGAUUCAACUGUUAAAGAAGCGGCUAUGAAAGUGAACCAUGGGAAGUACCCCAAGCAGGAGGACUCGUACGCUUUUGAGGAGGACAGCAGCAGUGACAGUCUUUCUCCCGAGCAGCCCCACAGUGAAGAGUCGCAGGGCUCUGCUGAACCCCUCCUAGAGAACAAAACCAGCAGCUUGCCCUCCCCCAGACUGACCAGUAUUAGCCAGGGGUCUCAGAACAAAGAAGCCACUAAUCAAAACCAAGAAGACAAUGCACAUAUGACAAACACCCAGGCAACUCCACCUAUACCAGUCCCUGCAAUUGUCAAGUCCAAAAUGUCAGACAAGAACCGCCACAAGAAGCCAAAAGAUAUCAAGCCUAAAGUAAAGAAACUCAAGUACCACCAGUACAUCCCACCAGACCAGAAGGCAGAGAAAUCUCCUCCUCCACCCAUGGACUCUGCGUAUGCUCGUCUUCUGCAGCAGCAGCAGCUCUUCCUGCAGUUGCAGAUCCUCAGCCAGCAGAAACACCAGCAUCACUCUCACCCCCACCAGCAUCAGUGUCCUCAGAGCCAGAGUUUCAGCUACCACACAUUGAACCAACACACACCAAAUAAGCAAUCAAGUGAACAACAAUUAUCAUGUAGUUCAAAUGGACCAACUAGCGGCAUUAACAGUAGCUCCUCAUCUCCUGUGAAGACAACCUACUGCAAUCCCACCUCCAUCACCCCAGUCAGACCAGGCCCUUUGCCUGCUAACCUAGAUGACUUGAAGGUAUCUGAGCUAAGGCAACAACUGAGAGUACGUGGCCUGCCUGUGUCUGGCACUAAAACAGCUCUAAUAGAACGACUACGGCCCUUUAAAGACUCCAGCUCCAGCUCUGGAGACAUCAGCACUGUGACCUUCCCAGUGACCCCCACAGGAUCUCUGUCAUCCUACCAAUCCCCGAACUCCUCAAGUGCCAUGUCUCAUGGUGGUGGCUACUACCCUUUCUGCAGCACCAUCUCCACCCCACCCAUCUCACCAGCCUCUUCUGACCUCUCUGUUAGUGGCUCUGUACCUGACAGCUUCAGUGAUGUCACUAUGUCUUCUCCACAGUUUGGCCUUCAGCCCUCUCCUGCCCAACUGAGCACGGAUGAGGGCCAGAGCAUAUCAAGUGCCCUCGGAGCAGGUUGCCUAUGUGGGGAUACCCAGGCAGGUUUAGAGCCUCUGGGUCUAGAUGCAGAGAAGGACAAGAUGUUGGUGGAGAAGCAGAAGGUGAUUGAGGAGCUCACAUGGAAGCUCCACCGAGAACAGAGGCAGGUGGAGGAACUGCGGAUGCAGCUUCACAAGAGGAAGCAUGCUCAUUGCCUGCAAGAAUGCCCUACUCCACCACCAGGACCACCAUCACAACAUCUAAUGCAUCACCAGCCUCCAUCCCAGAUGCAGCAGUUUUAUGGUGUGUCUGUCAAACAGGAGCAUGUGGCUUCAAGCUGCCCUCUUUCAUCGAAACAGCUGAAAGGAGGACCAAGCAACAGCUGCAUGGAGGGGAUGGGUCACUGUGACCUACACAGUGGUCCUCACUGCCUCGAGGUGCCCUCCUCUGGAAGCCCCACUGGCCUCUCGGCCUUCCUGAGCCCCCAGUGCUCUCCUCAAGAUUCCCCUGUCACCAAAACUUCCAGCAGCCCCCAGCCCAGCAGUUUGCCUUCCUCCCCCAGUCAUCCCUACAUGCUGACCCCUCCUCUGGGCAGAGAUGGCUGCUCUCACCCAUUGGCUCAAAACGGACCCAGACCAUGCAAUAUGCAGUUACAACAGAAAAAUGUCGGACAGACGGUGAGCUGCUCAUAUUCAUCUGACCAAAGAAGCAUGCAGCCUGUAUGCCCAAGCCCUGCAGAAAGCAACUUAAACCCCAGAGGGUCAUCAAAGGCCAAGAGUGCUAACAUGCAGCAAAAAGAGGCAAUAUUGCACUCUCCCAGGCACGUUGACCCAAAGUCUCCCACCACUGCCUUCUGUAGUUCAGAUUCUUCUGCAUCCAACACUAAACAGCCCCCAUGCUAUGAGGAUGCUGUAAAACAGCAAAUGACCAGAAGUCAGCAGAUGGAUGAACUUCUAGAUGUCCUCAUUGAGAGUGGAGAAAUGCCAGCUAACGCCAAAGAAGAGAGGUCCCCUGUAACCAAAGUUGUGCCUCACCUUACAGUUUCACCUAAUGGAGUGGCCAUAUCCAAGUUCCAUAGACACUACAGUCACACGUCACCAACCCUGCUUCCAUAUGAGCAUGCUGCAGAGCAUGGCAACAGCCACCUGGAGGUGCUACUGAGCCCUAUAGCCCAGCAAGGAGACUCAGUCCUUCUAAAGAUGGGCGCUGAGGAAGGACACUUGGAGGAGAUUGGGGAAGGCUUUACCGGCCCCCAACAUGAUGACAAGUUGCUUAGUAACCGUGACAUGAUGAACACACCUUUGUUGCCCGUGGCUAACAAAGUAUCACCAGUCAGUGUAGAUAGCCAAGGGCUCGGAAUGACAUUUACAGAGUCGCCGUGGGAAACUAUGGAAUGGUUAGACCUAACCCCACCCAGCUCAGCUACAGCAUUUAAUAACAACAUGCCUCCUCCCGGGCCCAGCAUCUUUAACACAGAAUUCCUUGAUGUGACAGAUAUCAACUUGAACUCUACAAUGGAUCUGCACUUAGAGCAUUGGUGAAAAGCAAGAUGAGCAGAAAAUACCCGCAAAUGUUAUCACUAUGCACUUCAACAACAUAUUUCAAAACCCAAAGCUUUUCCAAAAUAUCUCAAAAAGCACACAAGUAGCAUUUUAAAAUUAAAAUUAGAUGUCCGGAUGUGGUCUCCAUGGUAACUUGUGAAAUGUCAUAUUUCUUCCUAUAACUUGGCUGAAAAAGAGCAUAGUGUUUUAAUACUAUUUUAUCACAGUCCAAAACUUGAAAAGUGUUUUGACUAUUGAUUCUGGGAAAGAAUGUUAAUUACUGGAAACAGGAAGAUCAUACAAACCAAAUUGGACUCAAACAGGGACAUCCAUACAACAUGCAAAGGCAUUUUCUGAAACCAUUUGUAAAUAUUCCAUUGUACUGAUAAACAAGAAAGUCAAUACUUUUCUAUUUUGUCUGCACAUUUGUGGUGUGGGAAAACACAUGUAAAUGCGUAAAACAUGUUCACAAAGAUCAAACUAUUAUAUCACAUGUACUCUGUUGUGCUAUUGUAAAUAUUAAUACACACUUUGCACCUCGAGUAGUAAACCUAUAGUACUAUGUGUCACACUUUGGCUUUUGCAUAUAGUUUUGAGAGCAUUUCAUUCUCGCCCUAUUAUCUCCAUAUUGUUGUUAAUUUAUUUAGAGAGCUGAAACUUUUGGUUCGUAUUUAAUGUAUGAACUCAUAUAAUGUAAUACUCUUCACUUAAUGUGAAAGGAUAUUCUUCAGAUUCAGAAAGGAAAUCAAAAUCUCAACCUUUUAUAUUCAGAAUCAAUGGAGAACUUAACUGUAUUUAGAAUGAUGAAGACUUUUAGGGUCUGAAAUAAGGGUCAAUAGUGAGACAUUGCAUAAAAAUAAUUUGCAUAUUUUCUUUUCUUUUUUACUUUUUAGUCACUUCUUUCCCCAAUGUCUAUUGGAAUGCCAUUCAAAAAUGUCACGAGUAUUGCUUUAAUAACAGUCAUGUCAGCUAUUUUGAAAAUUAUUUUUGAAAGCUCUUUUAUUGUUAUUAUGCUCGUAAGAUCUUACUCUUCUGAUGUAUUUAUUUCAACAUUUUCUUUUCAUUGGAAUAUUUAUACAUACAUAUGAGACAUUUCUUUUAAUUAAAAACAAAAGUUAGAGUAAACUUGCUUAUGGUUAAAAGGCUUUAACAAAUGAUAAUUUUUCCCACAGUAUUGGGAUCAAUCAAUUUAAAGGAAUAGAUCACCCAAAAAUUUUAAUUCUAUCAUCAUUUACUCACCCUCCUUUUUAUGCAAACCUGAAGAACUUUCUUUUUCUGCAGAAUACAAAAGUAGAUAUUUUAAAGGAUGUCACGAUCACUGAUUUCCAUACAAUAGCAGUUGAUAGUGACUCACUUUAAAGUUUAAAGCACCCAAAAGUGUCAUAAAAGUAGUCCAUACUACUUGAGAGUGAAUAAUGACAUCAUACAAAAGUGAUUGUAUGCCUCCAGAAGACUUGAAAUAUGAUGCAUGAGUUUUAUGGACUACUUUUAUGACAUUUCUGGGUGCUUUAAACUUAAAAGUUAAGUUUUAAAGUGAGUCAUGUAUCAACUGCUAUUAUAGAAAUCCGUGAACGUAACAUCCUUUAAAAUAUUUCCUUUUGUUACUUUUCAUUUUUGGGUGAACUAUUCCUUUAAAAAUGAGUCUCCAUCAUUGAUCUUUUACUGAUUACAUGCACUGAUAAUUACUUUUUUGUAAUGCCAAAAUAAUACAUUUUUGAUACUGCCUCAUUCUUUUUGAAACCCCUCGUGUGUGAAAAAAAGUUACACUAUAUUUAUAUAAAAUGUCAAAGAAUUUUAAACUGACAAUCAAAUUUGAAUAUCUCAACACCUGAAACAAAAGCAAUACCUUACUAACAGGUGAUGCCCAGUUUUACUAGCACUUGUGAAAAAUGAAAUCUAAUAUAUAAAUUACUCUGGCAAGUUUUGGACCAGAUCACGGAUUAUCAAAUUGUUGUUUUUUUUUUUUUUUGUAUUAGCUCACCAAAAGCUCAAACUGUGAAUAUAUAUAUUUCUUCUGUGCAUGAAAUAGCUAUUAUAAUGUUUAUUGUCUUCUUUUCUCAUUUCUAAUCACAUUUCAAUUCACUUUAAUGCUUUUGACUUGUAGGGAAUAUCUUUAUUCCCGGGGUGGGGCGUUUUUCCCCACACAGUAAGCAUUAAAGGCAUUUAAGACCAAAAAAAAAAAAAACUAUUUUAUGCUAAAGACACAGGAUAAAUCACUGUACUGUUUUCAUAAUUAUUAAAGACUUCCAAAAAAAAUUAUAUUUUUACACAUGAAGCAUCAUUGCAGACUAUCAUACAACUGUAAUUAAGAAUAGUAUAGUAAUAGUAAUCCUGUUAUUUUUAAAUCCAGGAAAAAUAUAAAUAGACAUUACCAAAUGCUUUCAUAAACUAGUUUUACUACAACCAGUUAAGAUUUUAGAUCUUAUUAGUGCAUAAAGUUUUAUGUCAAGAUGUACUAUCAAGUUAUGUAAAGUAUUUCAGAUUCUCAAAAAAAAAAAAAAAAAAAAAAAAAAUUUCUAAAUUUGAUAUUGGACAAAAAAGAUAAUUCUGCCUAUGACAUGAGCAGCCCACUUGAACUUACUCUCCCAUUUUAUAUUUCCUUUAUAUUAUGUUUUGUUUUUCAAGAAUGUAAAAUGUCAUUCCACACUCAUGUUUUCUCUGCGUUCAUGUUUGCUGAUCCUGAUGGCAGAAUACCAUCAAUGGUGCACAAAUAUUAAGUAUUACACUUUCUCUCCCUUGGAAGUAAAGGUUAUAUGUCUUAUUUCUUUUGAUUUGUCUAAGCGAAAAAUUUAUACAUAUGUCAAAAAGCUUUUGUAUUGCUUGGCCACUGAACAACUUUACAAUAUAAACUGUCCAAGUAUUUGUCUACACCACUGUAUUACUGUUACAAGAGUUCAAUAAACAAACAUACAACUUACAAAAUUGACUCCAAUGUUAUCUACUGUAUAAUGGUGUGCAAUAACACAUCACCCAAGACAAAACUUGAACUAAAAAAACUCAAAAGUCAAAACCUUUACUAAAAUUGAGUGGGUAAACAAUGACAAAAUUCUCAUUUUUGGAUGAACUAUCCCUUUAACAGUUGCUCUAAUUUCAGGCAGUGUACUUCAUUACGGUUUACAAAACUACAAAAUUAAAAUACAUUUAACAUCCACUGAGUUUGCCAACAAAUUAUUACACCAGCAAUUACAAUAUUUGUUACAGUUUUGUUUAGGGUUAUGUAUUCUUUUGCUCAUUAUUGAGUGUAGAUACACUAUAUUGCCAAAAGUAUUCGCUCAUCUGCCUUUAGACGCAUAUGAACUUAAGUGAAAUCCCAUUCUUAAUCCAUAGGGUUUAAUAUGACGUCGGCCCACCCUUUGCAGCUAUAACAGCUUCAACUUUUCUGGGAAGGCUUUCCACAAGGUUUAGAAGUGUGUUUAUGGGAAUUUUUGACCAUUCUUCUAGAAGCGCAUUUGUGAGGUCAGACACUGAUGUUGGACGAGAAGGCCUGGCUCGCAGUCUUCGCUCUAAUUCAUCCCAAAGGUGCUCUAUCGGGUUGAGGUCAGGACUCUGUGCAGGCCAGUCAAGUUCUUCCACACCAAACUCGUUCAUCCAUGUCUUUAUGGACCUUGCUUUGUGCACUGGUGUGCAGUCAUGUUGGAACAGAAAGGGGCCAUCCCCAAACUGUUCCCACAAAGUUGGGAGCAUGGAAUUGUCCAAAAUCUCUUGGUAUGCUGAAGCAUUCAGAGUUCCUUUCACUGGAACUAAGGGGCCAAGCCCAGCUCCUGAAAAACAACCCCACACCAUAAUCCCCCCUCCACCAAACUUCACAGUUGGCACAAUGCAGUCAGACAAGUACCGUUCUCUUGGCAACCGCCAAACCCAGACUCGUCCAUCAGAUUGCCAGAUGGAGAAGCGUGAUUUAUCACUCCAGAGAACGCGUCUGCACUGCUCUAGAGUCCAGUGGCGGCGUGCUUUACACCACUGCAUCCGACGCUUUGCAUUGUACUUGGUGAUGUAUGGCCACUCGGCCAUGGAAACCCAUUCCAUGAAGCUCUCUACGCACUGUUCUUGAGCUAAUCUGAAGGCCACAUGAACUUUGGAGGUCUGUAGCGAUUGACUCUGCAGAAAGUUGGCGACCUCUGCGCACUAUGCGCCUCAGCAACCGCUGACCCCGCUCUGUCAUUUUACGUGGCCUACCACUUCGUGGCUGAGUUGCUGUCAUUCCCAAUCGCUUCUACUUUGUUAUAAUACCACUGACAGUUGACUGUGGAAUAUUUAGUAGCGAGGAAAUUUCACGACUGGACUUGUUGCACAGGUGGCAUCCUAUCACAGUACCACGCUGGAAUUCACUGAGCUCCUGAGAGCGGCCCAUUCUUUCACAAAUGUUUGUAGAAGCAGUCUGCAUGCCU